UUAGCUGUCGCUUUCAGCACACUUUUCGCAUAGGUGUGCUUUAACAAAAGUUUUACCCAGUUCUUUUCCAGCGGAAAUUGUAUAAUAAUUACCGAAAAAACUGACCUGGACUCAAUUCGGAUUUGUGUCAGUGCUAGAAAGAAAAUGCUGCAGCGGCAGAAAUUGUCAGAUAGCAAACGAUUUGGCAGCAGCCUUCCCUCAAGAACCAUUCCCCAUCGGGCACCCAAGUGAAGUGGAGACAAUGGCUUUGGCAGCAGCAACAACAGCAGGACCUUCGCAUGGCGCACUGGCCAUGGCCGUGAAUUCGACUGGUGGUGCUAUCCAUCAAUACGAGGAGAACGCCGAGCACCUGCGCCAGCUGUUCAGCCUGAGCAAGCUGGUGUCCUUUAGCAUUGCCCACAUCGCGUGCACCGCGGGCAGCAGCAGCGGCGACAACUACAUGUCCGUGGUGAAGCGAGUCACUAUUAGCCAGGCGCCGGCUGACAAGGAUCAGGAGCUAGCGAACAGCGAAAUUGUUACAGUCAUCAUCAAGAGGCAAAUCGCGAGUCUGUCGCGCCGGCAGCUCUACCGGUGCGAGGAAGCCUUCAGCAAUGAGAUCAACGCCUACCGAUAUUUGGCGCCUCUGUUGGCCGCCCACAGCCGCCAGCAACUUUUUCCGGUGUGCCAUAUCGCGGAGAGCCAGGAUCGCAGGGAUCCCGACGGCGGAGAGCCGAUUAUCGUGCUGCAGGACCUCAAGGCCUUGGGUUUUCGCAUGAAGAAUCGUCUGGCUGGCUUGGAACUGCGAGACUGUCUCCUAGUUAUGAAGAAACUGGCCCAAUUGCAUGCCGCUUCGCUGGCCGCCCAGGAACUGGAACCCACGUUUUUUGCCUCCCAGGCCCAGCAUCUUCAAGAGAUUGUAUACUGCGAUGAGGCGGCAGAGUUCUAUGCCACCAUUCUGGACACCUCUGUGCAGCAGGCAUUGGAAAGUCUAGAUGGCUCCAAUGCAGACGAAAGCCUAACAAAACCCAUUCGGCUGCUCGAUGAUCUUCGUUGCAAUUUGUUUGGAAAACUGAAGCAGGAGAUUAACGCGGCUGCAGAUGCUUCACAUAGUGUGAUCUGCCAUGGUGACCUGUGGGUGAACAACAUUAUGUUCCGUGCCGAACCGGAGGAGGUGAUCUUCUUCGACCUGCAGGCCAUGCGCCGUUCCUCGCCCGUUUUUGAUAUUCUUCACUUUAUUUACACCAGCACGAGAAGGCAGCUGAGGGAUGUGCACACGGACACCAUGCUGGCCGCCUACUCCGAGGCGCUGGGUCAGGAACUAAGAUACCAGCUGGAGGACACGCCCGCUGCUGAGCGAUUGGAGGAGCUAUGCGAAGCCUUUUCGCUGCAACGUCUCAGCGCGGAUUAUGUGAGGCAAGUGCACUACGGCCUGGCCAUCGGCAUGUGGAUCCUGCCAGCUGUCACCUUCGAUCCGAACAACCUGCCCAAUCUAGACGUGAUGAGUGAGCAGAAUCUCACGGGUAAGGAAAUCAAGUGCACCCAGACACUCACUUCCGAGUACCAUCUGCGUAUCCGGGAGCUGGUGAUGGAGUUCUACGAGCUCGGCUAUCUUCAAAUGGAAAAGCAAAACUUUUAAAAGUA